GCGAUAAAUGAAAGUCUUAAAAAAGUGGAGCAAGCAAUCGACGAUUCCCAAAUGACAAUGGAUUUGGUUGAGAACGAAGCAGCACGAGAGCGACUGAACACUUUACGGAAAAUGAAGGAACAACGAGCCAACCAAAUAAAUGAGCUGCUGGAAGCGCGUGAAAAUCUGGAGGAAAACAUGAAAAUGAGCCAUGAAUUAUUGAAUGAACUUGAAAAAGUGCUAGCGGAAGUAGAUGCACGUGACAGAUCACCGGAAUUGGAAGAGCUUGAAAGCAUCGCGUUGUCACUGGAAGACCGUCUGCAGAGAGCUCUAGCACAAAUCCAGCACACUUCGUUAACGGUAAGAUUCAAAAAUUCCGCAAUCCUGAAGUGUUCUUUUUUUAAGGCGGAACCGAUAUUGACUCAAAUUGGUGAACAGGAAGCAGAUCAACUCCGUGAAAGAUUGCGUUCAAUUGGUGAGCAAUGGAAGCAGUACGAGGAUAGAGUACGGGAGAAGAAGCGACGCUUGGAUGAACGUUUUGCCGAUGAAUCGGAAUUAAAUAACGAAAUUGAACUUCUACAAUUUUGGUAA